AGGUAAGAUAAAAAGCUCCCACCUCCUCCGAAAUGUUGAAAGUCCUUGGAUUUAUUAGGACUCGCUUUCCUUUGAUAAAGAUGCAAUCAAUAACAUAGCAUUUCCUUUUGUUUAUUUAUUAUUUUACCCCAACCGUUCGCUGCCGCCACUUGUUUCUUCAUCCAAAGAAAGCCAGAAUCGUUCUUCCUAUUCCAUUAUCCAUAGUCGUUGAAAGCUAAGCUACACGCUUCAUUUCUGGAUCAAAAAUGGCAUCCGCCUCUCUCCUACUUCCACUCGGUUCUUCUUUUGCUGGGAGUUUGUCCAACUAUCAUCCAAUAACCAGAGGCAGACCCAGAAGGGUGACAGCAAAAUAUUUGAGUUCGGAAAUUAGGAUGAAAGCUUCACAAAUUGUUGGGUACGAGGAUGAGUUGAUAUUAAUUAAGAGGAGGGAUGUGAUUGGAUUAGCUUUAAGUGCUUCAAGCCUUCGAAUUAACUCUUUGAAUGCCGAGGCAGCUGGCUUGCCACCGCAGGAGAUACCAAGACUAUGUGAUGAUACUUGCGAGAAAGAGCUUGAAAAUGUACCUAUGGUAACUACAGAGUCUGGUUUGCAGUACAAGGAUAUAAAAGUUGGUUCUGGCCCUACUCCUCCAGUUGGUUAUCAGGUAGCAGCAAACUAUGUUGCAAUGGUUCCAUCAGGACAAGUAUUCGACAGUUCUCUGGAAAAGCGUCAGGUUUACAUAUUUCGUGUUGGGUCAGGUCAGGUUGUGAAAGGACUGGAUGAAGGGAUUCUGAGCAUGAAAGUUGGAGGAAAGCGUCGACUAUAUGUUCCUGGAUCUUUGGCUUUUCCCAAGGGUCUAGCUUCAGCUCCAGGACGGCCCAGAGUCGCUGCAAACAGUCCUGUCAUUUUCGAUGUGAGUUUGGAGUACAUACCCGGUCUUGAUGAUGAAGAAGAAGAGUAACCUAUCUAUCUGCCUCUUUUCGCUACUAUAGAGCUUCCUUCUUUCGAAGGUUGGAUGUCGUCGUUUUGUUAAAUUUUAUCUUAUCAAGGGUAAAAUCGUCUUUACGUUUCUUCUAAAUUGUAAAGUGGACUUACUUUGGAAGGAGGUGAGUUUGUAUAUUUUUUACAGGGUAUAUUAAACAAAGCUGAAACUUGAGUGAUCAUUUAGCCUGGAUUCAAUGCUGUAUAUUCAAAAUCAAUUUUAGAUAUUGCCUUUUAAUGA